UGUCCCGCUCGCACUCACCAACACCAUGCGUACCUGUCCGGAGCUACUCCACCACCCCGUGCUGGAUUUUACUCGUGCGUCUGGCUGAUAGCGACAACAGACGACUCACUCUGAGAGGAUAUUCCGAGAUUUUUUUUUUGAAUUCUUCUUCUUCUUCUUGUUGUCUGGUUUUGUUCCAACGGUGAAAAGCAGCGCGCGCGGCAAAGGGUUUAGAAGAGGAGGCCGUGCCAUGAGAGUUGACUUUCCAGUCUGAGCCGAGAAGCCCGAACGGCCCCCUUUGUGUUCGUGUCCUGUGUGUGAACUGGAGCCACCGUCCCACCAUGAGGAGCAGCUCUCAUGUCCUGCCUCUUGGUGUGCUCGCAACUCUGCUGCUGUCUCAGGUCUGCUCCGGCAUCAAAUGGCUGUCGAUAUCACAGGCCCCUGCGUCCUUACACAUCAACCAGACCCAGCACUGUAAGCUUCUGCCCGGCCUGGUGUCCUCCCAAGCUCAGCUGUGCCGCAGCAACCUGGAGCUCAUGCAAACCAUCAUCACGGCUGCCCGCGAAGUCAAGAAGACGUGUCAGAAGACCUUUGCUGAUAUGCGCUGGAACUGCUCCUCCAUCGACAUCCCCGUCGACACUCAGAAGUAUCGGCCGGAUCUCGACCGCGGAACCAGAGAGUCUGCAUUUGUCUAUGCCCUGUCUGCAGCGACCAUCAGCCACACCAUAGCACGGGCCUGCACCUCCGGAGAUCUGCGGCUGUGCUCGUGUGGCCCUAUUCCUGCGGAGAUCCCGGAACCGGGCUAUCGCUGGGGCGGCUGCGCUGACAACCUACACUACGGAUUGAUCAUGGGCUCCAAGUUCUCUGACGCGCCCAUGAAGAUGAAGCGUGCGGGCUCCCACGCCAACAAACUGAUGCACCUACACAACAGUGAAGUCGGAAGACAGGCAUUGAGAGAGGCGCUGGUGAUGAAGUGUAAAUGUCAUGGUGUGUCCGGCUCCUGCUCCAUAAGAACCUGCUGGAGAGGCCUGGAAGACCUGAGGGAGAUCGCCAUGGACCUGAAGAUCAAGUACCUGUCGGCCACCAAAGUGGUUCACCGGCCCAUGGGGACGCGCAAGCAGCUGGUGCCCAAAGACAUUGACAUCAGGCCGGUGAGGGAUAACGAGCUGGUCUACCUGCAGAGCUCCUCGGACUUCUGUGCUAAGAACGAAAAGCAGGGCUCCAUUGGCACCCAGGACAGGCAGUGCAACAAAACCUCCCUUGGCAGUGACAGCUGCGACCUGAUGUGCUGCGGCCGUGGCUACAACCCGUACAUGGAGAAGCUGGUGGAGCGCUGCCACUGCAAGUACCACUGGUGCUGCUACGUCACCUGCAAGAAGUGUGAGCGGAUCGUGGAGAGAUAUGUCUGCAAAUGAGUGUGUGUCGCCGACCGGCCCACCCGCCAGCGGCCCUCUACUUGUACCCAGUCGCCCCCGAGGCUACAGAUUAACCAAAGCACUACAAUAUGGAGAAGGCUUACUUUUGUCUUAAGCUUUAGCAUGUUUAACUCAACGAGACCUGGUCUAUUCUCGUGUCAGUAUCAUUUUUUGUAUCGAAUCUCCAAACUGCCAAUUGGGCUUCUGAGCUUUUUUCUCCGCUUCACAAAACCUGGAGGUGGAGAGCGUGGCGACUGUGCCAGUUUAGGUGGUGACCGCCGUCCUCCUGGGUAUUUCCUUUUUCUUGUUAAUAAUUAUAAAUCCCCCUAACAGGGAUGUUGAAAGUCUAUUUUAUUAUAUCUCUAAUAAAAAUAAAUAAUAUAGGAUUUUAUGCUGGAGGAGAGGGAUUUUUGUCUUUCCCCCUCACUAGACAGAGACUUGUGUUUGACUUCAUUUCACGGAAAUCAAAGGGUUCUGAUGGAUCUGCGUGGUACUUUUUUUUAAAGGUACUAUUAAAACCUUUUUUACUCUGCAACAAUGGACAAUAGGGGUAAAAAAGGAACACAAAAGGGAACUUCAAAGUACUUUUCAAUCAUGGAACAUUUUUGUGGUUGACGGUUUGGACUCUCGCCAUGUCUCCCGUGCGGAUCUAGACGUGUCUGCAUCCCUGUGGACUGAGAGACGACUAUUACGGACUUUGUGAAAUGGUGCAUUAUCUCCUUCAUGUCUGACAUGCAGUUCAAAAUAUAUUCUAUUUUUCAGAGCGUAUGAGCUGAACUCAUGGAUUUUGUAAACCACUGUUGGGUGGGUGUACAUACUGUUAUUUUGUAUACUGAAAUAAAGAAAGAAGUAUUUA